AUGGAGCGUGAAACUUUACUGUUUGAAAGAUCUCAGUUAAUGCAAAAGUAUCAAGAUAGAAAGUUGUUUAGAGAGCGUCAAAGAAACUUAAAGAGACAGCAGAGGAAUAACACUUCAGCACAAGAAGGUAAAAAGACAAGAACCUCUACUAGAUCAACACAAGCCACUGGUCACUCCGACGUGAAGGCUUCGAAGCUGUCACAGUUGAAGAGACAAAGAGAAAAGAAUAAAAAUCGUCAAUAUAGUGAAUCUGAAGGUGAGUAUGAAGAAGAAGAAGAUGAAGAUGACUAUGAUACAGGUUACAAAUAUGAUGGUAGUGAGUAUGAGGAAGAUGACGAAGAAGAAUACGAUCCAUAUAGCAGAAAGCCUCGUUAUAGGGAAGAAGAAGAGGAAGAAGAUGUGAAAUGGGCGGAAGAAAGCACAAACAGAGAGAGCCAGGUGGAUGACUUUAAUAAGAUAAAAAUUGGCCGUUCUUUUGUAGCCAGAUAUUGUUUCCAUCCUGAUUUUAAUGAAAUUGUUAAAGGUUGUUAUGGUAGAGUCAACGUUGGUGUUGACAGACGUACAAAUCAAACUGCAUAUCGUAUGGUUAAGAUAGAAAAGGUCUUCUUACAAAAACCAUAUAAUAUGGGCAAAUUUUUCACCAAUCAAUAUUUUGGUGUCACUCAAGGUAAAGAUAGAAAAGUAUUUCAAAUGAAUUUCUUUAGCGACGGUCCAAUAACGAUAGAAGAAUUUGACCGUUAUCAAAGAUCCCUGGAUGCUUCAAAUGCUUCUAAACCUUCGGUUUAUUCUCUAACACAAAAAUUAAAGGAAAUCAAUGAAUUUGUCUCGGAACCAAUGACAGAUAAAUUAACAGAUGAGAUUGUUCGUAAUAGAAUGGUUUUCAAUAAGAAAUUAUCUGGUACUAAUGCCGUCUUAGAAAAAACAGUUUUAAGAGGUAAACUGCAGUACGCAAAGGAAAAUAAUAACGAAAGAGACAUUGCCAAAUAUUCUACCCAAUUGAGAAAUCUAGAGAAACGUCUUUCUACAUAUGAAAAACAUCAUGAGAAUGAUCAAGCUGGUGCUAGAAAGUUGGGUGCAUUGACUUCAAAGAAUAGAAAAGUUAAUAUGGACAAAGCGAAAAAUGUCGAGCAUGUUAAAGAAGAGGAUAUCAAUUUUGAUUCUAAGGCUGAUCCAUUCAGUAGAUUGAAGACUAGAACCAAGAUAUAUUAUCAAGAAGUUCAAAAAGAAGAAAAUGAAAAGGCUAAGGAAUUGGCUCAACAAAAGAAAUUGGAAGAAGAUAGGGAGGCAAUUGCAAAAAAGGAAAGGGAGCUACUAUUAGCCAAGUUUAGACGCUUAGGUGGAUUAGAAAGUAUUAUCAGCAGUAUUGAUAUAGAACUAAGUAUAUAG